UCGGAAGACGAAAUGGCUCAGCUUCAGAAGUUGUCAGUUGAGUUCCAGCCUGAAGUGACAGGACCUUUAGUCGGUGAGAAACAGCUGACUAGUGUUCUCAUCGAAGAGUAUGCUGCUGCCGAUCCAGUUUAUCGUACAAAGACUUCGGCACUUCCCAACAAGUACUCUCACUAUCGUACAACUCGUGGUGAUGGAAGAUGUGGUUGGAGAGCCGUUGCCUUUGGUUACUUCGAGAACCUUUUCCGUGUAGGUGACAGAACCAAGUUCUUGGAGGAGGAAACUCGUCUCAAGUCCUUAGGCAAUGUCAUCAACAUGGCUGGCUACAGUCAGUUCAUCUGGGAAGACUUCGCUGACGAGAUCUACGCUCUGCUACGCAAGUGCAUGUCGGCCGACUCAUCCAACUCUGAGGCUUUUUUACUCGAGCAUUUCAACAACGAGGAAAUCCAGAACCAGAUUAUCACAUAUCUCAAGACUCUUACCUCGGCCUGGAUGAAGACUCGUCCCAAUGACUACGCUCCCUUUGUGCUCCCUCAUACUGUUCCCAGCUACUGCGACGCCAACAUCGACCCUCAUCAGAUUGAGAUUGAUCAUCCUGGAAUGCAGGCUCUCACUGACGUCUUGCUCAAGCCUGCUGGUAUUGCUCUGGACGUCAUCUAUCUCGACCGUAGCGCCGGCACUGAAGUCAACGCGCAUCAAUUCGCACCUAGCCUGACGCAUGCCAACACUAUUCGUCUUCUUUAUAGACCUGGCCACUAUGACAUACUGUAUCAACCAGAGCAGAUCUUCUCACAGCCUCCACCAAGCCAGCCUAUUGCCGUGCCGACAUAUCUGCAGUCCUCUCUUCACCACUAUGAGGAGCCCGUCAUGGACCUUGGCAUGUCCGACUUCAUGACGAUGAUUCCUGGCAUGUCAUUGCUGUCCAACCAGUCUAAUUGG